GUAGUUUUCUGCUUCAGGUAGCUGUAGCGCUAGUACAUGAACUGAUUGCUAGAGGUCGGUCAUUGUGUAAACUCGGCUUUUUUCUCCUGAAUUAUCAGGUAACUCACAGGUACCGCGCGGGUAAGGAAAGAGUCUCCAACUAUGAGUAACCCGUACGCACACAUCAUUGAGCCUCUCAACCCCAAGAAGCCUGAAUGGAAGUUUUUCAAUCUCAGAAAGCUUGGAGACCCCCGAUAUGAACACCUACCUUUCUCCAUCCGUGUGCUGCUGGAGUCAGCAGUGAGGAACUGUGAUGAGUUUCUGGUAAAGAAGGAAGAUGUGGAGCGCAUACUCAACUGGAAGCAGACCCAAACCCAAACAGUGGAGGUGCCCUUCAGACCUGCCCGCGUCAUCCUUCAGGACUUCACUGGGGUUCCUGCAGUGGUGGAUUUUGCUGCAAUGCGUGAUGCAGUAAAGAAGCUGGGUGGUGAUCCAGAGAAGAUUAACCCUGUGUGUCCUGCUGACCUAGUCAUUGAUCAUUCCAUUCAGGUGGAUUUUAACAGAAAGGCUGACAGUCUUCAGAAGAACCAAGAACUUGAAUUUGAAAGAAAUAAGGAACGUUUUGAGUUUUUAAAGUGGGGUUCCAAAGCAUUCCAGAAUAUGCGCAUCAUUCCUCCUGGAUCCGGAAUAGUGCAUCAGGUGAACCUGGAAUAUCUAGCUCGGGUUGUGUUCCAGCAGAAUGGCUACUAUUACCCUGACAGCCUCGUGGGCACUGAUUCACACACAACCAUGAUCGAUGGCCUGGGAGUGCUGGGCUGGGGUGUGGGAGGUAUUGAAGCUGAGGCGGUAAUGCUGGGUCAGCCAAUCAGUAUGGUUCUGCCAGAGGUCAUUGGGUACAAACUCCAGGGCACGCCAAACAAGUACAUCACCUCCACUGAUAUUGUCCUAACUGUCACUAAGCAUUUGCGUCAGGUUGGAGUAGUCGGGAAGUUUGUGGAGUUUUUUGGGCCUGGUGUGGCCCAGCUUUCCAUCGCUGACCGUGCCACGAUUGCCAACAUGUGCCCAGAGUACGGUGCUACCGCCGCCUUCUUCCCUGUUGACCACAUCAGUGUCCAGUAUCUUGAGCAGACAGGACGAGAUGCUGAGAAGCUUAGCUACAUUACACAGUACCUGAAAGAAGUUGCCAUGUUUAGGGACUACAGCAAUCAGGCUCAGGAUCCAGAAUUUACAAAGGUCGUUGAACUUGACCUCAGCACAGUCGAACCUUGCUGCAGUGGACCGAAGCGGCCGCAGGACAGAGUGGCCGUAUCGGAAAUGAAGCAGGACUUUGAGACUUGUUUAGGAGCCAAGCAAGGAUUUAAGGGGUUUCAGGUGCCACCUGAGCGCCAUCAUGUCAGCAUACCUUUCCAGUAUAACGGUGUGGACUACUCCCUCUCUCAUGGCUCAGUUGUUAUCGCUGCCAUCACCAGCUGCACAAACACCAGCAACCCUUCUGUCAUGCUGGGUGCAGGUCUCCUGGCAAAGAAGGCCAUCCAGUGUGGCUUAAGUGUGAAGCCUUACAUUAAGACCAGCCUUUCUCCAGGUAGUGGGGUGGUCACUUAUUAUCUGAAGGAAAGUGGUGUAAUGGAGUACCUCUCAAAAUUAGGUUUUGAUGUGGUCGGUUAUGGAUGCAUGACCUGCAUAGGGAACAGUGGUCCUCUUCCUGAGCCAGUUGUAGAGGCUAUCACACAGGGAGAUCUGGUAGCAGCAGGGAUUCUGUCUGGCAACAGGAACUUCGAAGGUCGUGUACACCCUAACACACGUGCCAACUACUUAGCCUCUCCUCCUCUGGUCAUUGCUUAUGCAAUAGCAGGAACAAUAAAGAUUGACUUUGAAAAGGAGCCCAUUGGAGUGAACACAGAGGGAAAGAAUAUUUUUCUAAGGGACAUCUGGCCUACACGAGAGGAGAUCCAGGCUGUAGAACGGAAGUUUGUCAUCCCAGCCAUGUUCAAAGAGGUUUAUGAGAAAGUGGAGAAAGUAAAUGAACGCUGGAACUCUCUGAAUGCGUCUUCUGACAAGCUCUACCCCUGGGACCCUAAAUCCACUUACAUCAAGUCUCCGCCUUUCUUUGAUGGACUGACCAGAGAGCUUCCAAAGCCUAAGUCUAUUGUAGAUGCAUAUGCGCUUCUCAAUUUGGGGGAUUCAGUGACUACGGACCACAUCUCUCCAGCCGGAAACAUCGCACGUAGCAGUGCUGCUGCUCGCUACCUGACCAGUCGCGGACUAACACCCCGAGAGUUUAACUCGUAUGGCUCUCGGCGUGGUAAUGAUGCCGUCAUGGCUCGAGGAACAUUUGCAAACAUCCGCCUUUUCAACAAGUUUCUCAACAAGCAGGCGCCUUGCACCCUCUACCUUCCUACAGGGGACACGCUGGAUGUGUAUGAUGCUGCAGAGAAGUACCAAGAAGCAGGAUAUCCCCUGCUGAUCCUGGCUGGGAAGGAGUAUGGAUCAGGCAGUUCCAGAGACUGGGCUGCCAAAGGACCGUUCCUGCUCGGUAUCAAAGCAGUACUGGCAGAGAGCUACGAGCGUAUUCACCGCAGUAACCUGGUGGGUAUGGGGAUAAUUCCUCUGGAGUACCUGCCUGGGGAAACGGCUGAUAGCCUGGGGCUGACUGGCCGAGAGCGCUACACCGUGGUCAUCCCUGAGCAGCUCACACCCAGAAUGAUCGUGGACAUUAAGUUGGACAAUGGAAAGACGUUCCAGGCCAGGAUGCGGUUUGACACUGACGUGGAGCUAACCUACUUCCAUCACGGCGGCAUCCUGAAUUACAUGAUCCGGAAGAUGACGGAAAAGUAGAGAUUAUCUCAUCUCCCUCCAGUGCAGCAAAUAGGGCACAAGUGUAGUCAUUUUGUUAUCUGUCUAUUGUUUUGAAAGUUCAAAACUUGACACUAUAAAUGAGUGUUUUUUUGUUUUUUGUUUUUUUGGUGAGUCAUAAAUGAAUUUAAAAUGUUAGUGUUUGUGAAUUAACACGUCUGUACUGCGUAUACAAGACAUAUCAGCUUGGAGAAUAUACACUAUAAGGCUGGCAAUAAAUGCUGGCAGUGGUGGUUGAUAUAACUGUCUGAUGACACCUGAUUAACAUAGUACAAGGGGUAUUAAAGUCAAACCAGGACUUUUGAUUCCUUUAUUUCUUUAUAUAAUCCCCUGCUACAACAAAGCACUUAUUCUACUAGUUUUACUAGUGCUUGGACCCCAAAAAGGUAGAAAGUUUUCACAGUACACCGGAGCGAUGAUCAGGCCACCUGCUUUAGUCUGAAAUGCUGAACUCCCAGGAACGACCUUAAAGGCACAAUCCUACAAAUGGCUUGGAGUGAGGUCAGGACUGUACAGGGGAGGCCAACUUCCUGUAAUGUGCAAGUGGACAGUUUCUACUGACUGACUGAUGCGUUAGUGACAAGUUACAUAUUGAUUUCUAAGGAUUUUUUUUGUUUCACCACACCUGUACUAGGACCUGAAUGUUCUAGCUCAUCAACAUGUUUAAUAACAAUCAUAAGCAGUGAAUUAGAGAUGCAGAGAAUCUGGUGUAAUAACUAUAGCCACUGGCUGCAGGAGUGUACAGAUCCAGCAGUGGGUCUACUUUCUAGCCUUACCUCAGUAUUGCCAAACAAUAACCUUCACUGUGACUCUCUUUUUAGCAUUAAUUUAAAAUUAAGAUUUGGAAAUAGCUGUAACAUUAUUUUUACAAUAAAAAUAUUGUCUAUCCUGAAAGCACUAAACAAACAUAAGUUCUUAUUUCUACGUUAAAGCUUUGACUAUUCAAACUCACUAUGGAAUAAUGAUGCUGUGAUACUCAUCAGCUGAUGGUCUUUACACCCUUUAGCCUGUUUUGUCGCUCCAGCUUUCUCAGCUGUUGAUUAUAUAAACACAACAGGCAAUUAGUGCUUAUGACCAAUAACAUACUGGUGUUUAAAAUGCUGAAUUUUUAUUUCGAUAAGAAAUCUGUCCAUAUAAUUGUGUCUAAAUCAUUAUAUUUUAGUGUGUUGAACAUAUUUGUGUUCUAACGAAGUGGUCUGAUAGAGUGCGAGUUUCCUGUAAGUGCCUAUAAACUGUCAUGCUAAGUGUAUUCAUAGAAGCUCAUCAUUCAGGUCAUCAUUCCGAACCAGAUGUAUGUGUGUACUUUUUCACUUUGUUGAUGAUUAAACAUUUGUUUAAGCCA